AUGUCUAUGUUACCGUGGUCUCAAAUAAGGGAUGUGUCUAAACUAUUAUUAGGCUUUAUGCUUUUUAUUAUAUCAAUUCAGAAAAUCGCUAGUAUUCUCAUGUCAUGGAUAUUGAUGCUGCGCCAUUCCACAAUACGAAAAAUUUCAUUUGGAUACUUUUUUGGUACGUCAAUAAGACGAGCGUUUAUCUUAACUGAUUUUGCUCAAAUAUAUAUUGGCAAGAUAACCUUGCGAAUAGGUUGGAAACCCGGAAUUGUGUUUCAUAAUGUUGAUUUGAAGUUAUUUGGGAAGGACAGCCAUAUCACUGCACAUUCAACUAAAGACUCCAGAACAUAUUUCAAUCCGCGGGAUCAAACUUUUACCUUUGUAAUUAACAGGCGAGUCCUAUCAAUUUUGAAACUUGUGUUCUCAUUUUCCACUUUCUUUCAUACUUUAGCUCUUACAGUGCCUAAUGGAAAACAAUAUAAAUUAAAUAUCGGAUCCAUAACGAUAUCACACCCACACGAUGAUACCAUAAAGUUAGAGGCAUUUUUGCAUGAUUUUACCCAUCCUGAAACGAAAGAUACUUUGAACCAUACUGGUUUUUUUAUGGUCUGUAAAAUUGGAAAGGAAGAUGAUACAGGCAGCAACUGCACAAAAGUUAUACUAAAAAAUUGGAAAUCAAGUCUCAAAAUAAGUGAUGUUUGUUGGCAUCUUCCAGAGAAGAAAGGGAAGAAUUUGCAUUCGGAGCCUGUUGAGCCUUUUUCUGCUGGUGAUGAUGCGGAAAUGCUCACUUCAUAUCGUAAGAUGCUAAAGCCUUUUCACUACCCACUGAAAACUUUGAACAUUCUGGACCUUAAGGUAGAAAAUGUAAAGUUGAUUUACAAAAAAAAGUUUACAAUUCGCAUAUCAAGUGCUCAACUUUACUUGGAAUCAAUCUCCAUUCUAAAUAAUGUCUCCGCUUUGGAACUUUUACCCUUAAAUAAGCCCACAUGGGGCGAUUUUGAACUAUCACUUUCUGCAAAUGCUGUUGUAGUAGAUAUCGAUGGUAAUACAGCAGUUAGAAUUCCAUUUGGAAAUGUCAUACUGACGUCAGAUAUUUUACUAUUUUUACUUGACAAUGUACCUUUACGGAGAACGAAGGUAUCUUCCAUUUUGAACAUUAUAAAUCCUUCAGUAUUCCUCACUAUACAUCAAGUACUGGAAGUUCUUCAUUUAGUGGACAAAUUCGAUAGCCCUGAGACCUCAUCAUGUACUAACACAAACGACAGAUCAUUAAAUAUUUUAGAUUUAGAUAUUGAUCGAUUGCCCAGUUUUAACUUUGAACUACUAAUGUCGAAUUUUAUUUCAAGGCUGCAUAUAUCAGAUGAGGAGAAUGUGACGUUUAAGGUCUUCAGCACACAUGCUCUCUUUAGCCGUAACAACUUGUCUAUGACUCCUAAAAAGGGACAAGUAAUGCAAAUACGUCCGGAUUGGCCAUUUGCGAAGACAGCCCUAGUAUCUGAUCAAUUAUCUAACUAUAUUAAAAUUGUGGGUACAUCACUCUCUUACCUGAGAAUUCCAACAGAGCAGGACGCUAACCCAGUGUCUAUACCAGUCUGUGGCUUUGAAAGAUUAGACACAUUUCUGGAUGAAUUUUCAAAUUCUAAAUUGAUCGUUCAGUCUACACUAAGACAUUCGUACGUUAGUCUUGAGAACAUUGAAGUUUUGCAUACUUUAAGUCGCGCCUUUGACAAAAUUUACUUGCUAAUAUCUAGCAGAACAAAAAGGAAUGCGGCUCAUAAAGCGAAUGGUGGAAAAUUGGGGGACCUAAAUGAAGCCAAGAAAACAUUUAACUGGUCAUUGAAACUUAGAAUGAAGGAUAUUUCAUGUUCGUUACUGGUCGCUGGGUUUCUUCCGAAAAAUUUGGAUCCUGUGGAAGCUGAGAAUUUUAACUUAUCUGACGUAACUAGAGGCGCCAAAGUUGUUUUUACAGAAUCAAUAUUGUUAGCGGACAGCCAGGAGAAAAACUUCACUAUUAUUGAUGCAUCCGUAUAUCGUUUCAUGGAUGGCACUACGUAUAAGCCCUCUCCUGAGGUUAUUAUUCAAUUUACCAAUUUGUUAUUGAGUUUUAACGACUCAGAUGAAAUUCAUUUUUCACUUCCCAAGAUUAAAUUUAAGAUGGAUGUAAAUAUUAUCUGGUUGUGGUUUUAUAUUCGGAGUAUAUGGAUAAAAUUUCGUCCUAAUUCAAAAUUGAGCCGAAAUUCAGUGAGCAGUGUAAAAUCUGUCAAUGUUCUCGAUAGAUUAAGAGUAGAUAUAGGAAAGAUGAUUAUAGAGCUAACGCUUCCUCAUAAUACAGAGGUACUCCUAAUAUUCGAGAGGAUUGGACUUUCAAGUUCCACUAAAAAUCUUACAAUUGCAUCUUUGUCAGCGUACGUGGUAUCGGUUUAUGUGAAGCAUAUUAAGGUUUAUGUUUCCUUGCUAAAUAUUAAUGACUUUGAGCUAGACACUGAAGAGUUGAUCUGCAAGAAAUCCGCUGUUAUAAACACCUCAUUGAUUCAUUUUCAUGCCGAAUAUCAUUUUAGAUUUUACAUGAUAACGGAUAACAUAGUCACGUUGUAUAAAUCGUUUAAGCAAAUUAAAUUGGCAUUUUCCAAUUUGAAUGAAUUUAAGCGAUUAUACCCUCAGCAACAGUUUCCGAAAAAAGUUCCAAAUUUACAUAUUUGUUGCCAGGAUUUUCUAAUUGAUAUUGAAGAAGAUCCUUUUGAGCAGGAGUUAGGAUUAAUUUUGAAAGUUGGUGUUUUGGAACAACGUGAGAGGUUAAAGAAGCUUGAAGAGUUCAAGGAAAAGCUAUCAACAUAUGAGGACAUGAAUGUACGUUUAAGGUCGCUCUAUGAUACCUCCCGUGGACAAAGUUUUUUCCCAGAGUUUUAUGCGAAUGAUCAAGAAUAUGAGCAAAAGGCCUAUCUCAGGUUGUUAGAAAACUUUUCAACGUCAUGGAUUGCCAGAUACAGGAAAGCAAAACUUUCUUUUUAUGGUAUGCCUUAUCGGGUUAUCAGCCGUGAAGAGCUUGGUACGAAAUACCACUUGUUUACUAGACAGAAAACCAGUACUGUUGCUAACCUCGUCGUAAAAGAUUUGGAUUUUAAACUAGGCAGUCCUUCCUUCCCUUUAGACAAUUAUAUGGAUUUUGUUUACCAGUAUGGAAAAAAAGUUCCAAAAUCUACGGAGUACACUUUGCUAAUUAUUCUUGGCCUCAAAAUCAAAAGCGCGUUAUGGGAGUUGCGUCUGAGAGAUUAUCCAAUACCUGCUAUAUCAUUUCCCGACACAUUUACAACAGGUGAUGUUGUAUUUGCUGAAAAGAUGCCAGCACCUUGCGCGCUUCAUACUGUUUAUGUUCCUUUUGUCAGCUCUGCCCAAAGAAGCCCCUAUAAUGACGCCAAUACAAUAUAUGGUUUGCACAUCAUUCGUACAAUUAAUUCAGUCAAAACAUAUUUCAAUAUUAGGUCAAUGGUUACAUCUUCUUCAUCUGCCAGAAUAACAUGGGGGAAAUCUCUGCAACCCGGUUAUGAGUCUUUGAUGCUUUGGUUUGAUUUUUUAACCAAACCUCUCAUCGAUCCGUCCAAAAAGCUAGGAUUUUGGGACAAAUUCAGAUAUUUAGUGCAUGGGAAGUGGAUAUACGAGUUUUCAGAGGAAAGUGAGAUCCACUUAAAUAUUAAAGGUUCACAUGAUCCUUAUAAGAUUACAGAUGAUGGUGCGGGUCUGGCGUUCUGCUGGUCUGGUGGCACCACAAUUUACGUUCAUAACUCCACGGAUCCUAAAGAGUUUUUAAAAAUUGAAUCCCAAAGGUUUCAGUUGGCAGUGCCAGACUUUGCCAAAGUUAGUAAAUUUGAUAAAGUCUUUAUGAAGCUCGAUGGAAGAGUAAUUUGGACAUUAGGUUUACUUUUUGAACAAGGCGAUAUAUCUAAGGCUGGUGACGAAGAGAGGUUCCUUCCAAAUAGGCCACAUUAUGAAAUACAGCUGAUGAAUCCAGAUGGAGUCGCAGAUUUGGAUCACCAUGAUACAUACAAAGGAUUUAGAACAUCUUUUAUCCACAUGUCAUUUGGUGUCUAUUCUUCUGAGCACGGAUCCAUAAAUAGUCUCUAUCUCGCACCUUACGCUUUAACACAUUUCUUUAAGUGGUGGAAUUUAUUUCAUACAUAUACAUCUGGUCCUAUUAGGCAAGGACGGUUAUUUACGGAUGUACUUCAAAACAAGACAAAGUUUGGUCGCUCAUUAUUUACAAUAGCUUAUCAGCUACAUUUAAAACGGCUAAUGGUUACGCAUAUUUAUCGGCAUAUUACUACUCAAUAUGAUCUUGAAAAAGACCGCAAAAUAACUUUUACUGGAUUGAAAGGGAGGUUUGAUUCACUGAAAAUUGAUUUGCAUCAAAAAAGAGUUAAACUGACCCAUACGAACCAAAAAUUAAAUAAGUCAAAACCUGUAUGGAAGUUUAAGAUGUCUAGGGGUGAGAUUGAUUGUGCAGAAGCAGAUAUUAGGAUAUUAUCAACUCUGUUUGAUCAGGAAGCAGUUAAGGAAAUUCUUACUUCUGGACUCGAUGGCAUACUUGAAGACGAGCCAUCACGUCCUAUUACGCCUCAAGAUGUGGAAUACUUGCGUGAAUCAGAUUGGUAUGAUUAUGAGGAUUAUAUAGACUUGAAUCAAGUGCCGCUUGGUUCCUCACUUCCAUUAAAAUUAGAAGCAAUACCAUUGCUAUACUCUCCUAGAAUAUCCUACUUUAGAAAAAUAAAUGAUGAUGGUUACGUACUAGCUUACCCAUUUGGUACCGAAGAAUCUCACAAUUGUCUGAUUGGCAAGAAUCAUCCAGAAUUGACGCAGGAGAAAUUAGCAACUGAAAGAAAACGAGAAAUAGAAGAACAACUAAAAUUAUUACAUAUUACGUUAAGCGAAUUGCAAUCGAACAAAGGCGGAGGUUCGGUAAGUGGAAAUUCGGAGCGCUAUGCACGCGAAUUAAAAGCAGAGGUAGCUGAAUUAAACCACAGAUUGCACACAGUCAACACCAUCUUGAGCGAUUUAAAAAUCUCGGAGACUAUUCCUGGAGGAAAUACUGAUGGUGAUAGCUCCAGCUCACUCUCCGAUACUGAUGUAAAUUUGGAAAAUGCACCGCCAAUUCAAAAUAGAAUAUCGCUAUUGAGGACCAAUACCGUGGAGUCUUUUGUAUCAAUGAGAAAAGCCUCUACUAUGCAGGUUGAGUCCACCUAUGAUAACCGUUUCAUGGUCCAUAAUAUCGAGUUAAAAAUCGAUAAUAAAAUCAGGCAUCACCUUUUGGAAUACGCUUCCAGUGCUUUCGAAAGGAAAUCUAUGAGGUUUGCUGUGACUUAUAAAUCCGUAACUAUUUUAAAAGAAUUACUGGGAAAUGUGUUGACUGGGGUCAGAACAUCUGUAGAAGAUUAUGGUUCAAUACUUGAGGACGAUUUAGCCAGUAAUUCAGAAUUUAUUGAGCACUUUGAGAAACUCAUCAGAGAAGUUCCGAGUGAUGACUUUGAUUAUGUUGAUAAUUAUCUUUUUAGACUAAUCUCCCCUCAGGUUCAGAUCAAAUCGGACGUUGAAAGGAACGCAGCAGUUAUUUUAGCUGCUAGGGAUAUAGAAAUGGGAAUAAUUGAUAUAGUUCAAGUGUAUGGAAAAUCAGGAAAAAGAAUUCCCGUUGACGUCGAUACUAUUGUUGAAACUCGCUAUUCCGCUGUUUCAAAGGACAUUCAGUUGUUUACAUUGUUCAAAAAGGAUUUAGAGGGUCCUGAAGGUAGAUUUUUCCAUAAAAAUGGAUAUGGUUCCGACAAAGAGUCAGAUAUAUGGCCCCCAUGGAUUCCUCUUGAAAUGUGCUUUGACGGGUCUUUAUUAGAUAAGCAUGUUUUUCUAAAACGGAGAUCAAUGUUUUUGACCUACGUCGCUCCCAAUCCCCUAUUUUUUAGUGCAAAUGAUACGUCUGCAUUCUCUUAUGAUUCGAGAUUUCGUAUUGCAUUUCCAGGAUUGGUUCUGACCUCGGACUGUCAACAAUACUGCGCUGUAUAUGCAAUCGCAGAAGAUUUACUUUCCUUUGGAUCAUCAUUGGAUGAAAAAGUUGAGAAACUUUCCAGGAUAUUAUUUACUGAUGAGGUCAGAAAUAACCUGGAAAAUCUUGAUGUCUCUGUUGUCACAGCAUUACAAGAAAGAAUAAAGGAACUCUAUUAUACGCGAGCAUACCUCAAACUUCACGAGCCAAGAUUGUUUAUGAAAUCAGGACAAGAGCUAACCUUCGAUAUUCAAACUAGUACGUUGAAGUUGACGUUACUUAUGACGGCAAUCAAGAAAACUUACGACCGGAUGGGGAGUGGUAAUAGAGUAAUACAGAAAAGAUUGAGGUGGCAAGUUGGAACAGAUGAAUUGAUAUGGGAAUUGUACGAUGAGAGUAAAACUCCUUUCGUGACUAUCGGAUUGGGGCCCUCUACAUUUAUUCGUUCAGAAACUUCCGAUGGCACUAAUAGUAAUAAAGUAUCCAUUUCUUCCUUACAAUGUUUCAACCAGCAAGAAAAUCCCGUUUACACUGAAUUGCUGGCCCCCUUUUAUGAAAAUUCAUCCUAUAAUAAGAACGCGCCAAUGGUAGAAAUUUUUUGGAUCCUGGGGCCAUCAGUUGGAGGUAUUUCAGAUCUGCAAGAUUUGAUUGUUUCUCUACAGCCAUUGAUUUUCAAGAUGGAUCACAAAACAUCGGAAAAACUAAUGAAUUAUCUAUUUCCAAAGAUAGAACAAACUUCCAUAGAACCCAAUUCUCCAGAACUUGUACCACGUUCUUCCACUAGUUCCUUCUUUUCAUCGUCUCCAGUUUUACGGCACAGUCUUUCUAACGGUUCUUUAUCUGUGUACGAUGCGAAAGACGUUGACUCUUGGGACUUGCGUAGUAUCCAGAGCAAAGAAGGUAUCAAAAAGCAUAAGGGUGAUCAUAGAAAAUUGUCAGCAUCACUUUUUGUGCAACCUGAUUAUAACAUCAAUGAAAUGGUCAAAAGAUCAGGGACAUUUUUCAAUGUAAAAUCUAUUAUAAUCCGAAAAACUCUAAUGUCCGUGUGUUAUAAGGGUUCACACAGCCUUUUGACCGAUGUUAAUAACCUGAUUGUUAGAGUCCCUGUUUUAAAGUACCAUAACAAACUGUGGUCGAGGGAAGAAUUUUUUACUGCUUUGAAAAGAGACGUCGUAAGAAUAGUUUUACAACAUUUGGGAAAUAUUAUUGGUAACAAAUUUUUGCCUCAUAAAAAAGAGAAUAAGAAAAAAACUUCUAUGGAAAUACAUCGAUUACUAAGUCCAGAUUCUCAAAAUCGUGAUAAUUCACAUAUCCUUGAAGUCGAAGGGCAUAAUUCAUUUUAUAGCUCCACGCACUCUUCAGAUAUCAGAUCAAUAAACUCAGAUGAAACGUAUAAUGAAAAUGAUGGAAAUGGAGUAAAGCCAUUUUACCCUGUUACGAGUGAGUUUUCAAAAAAUAAAUGA